GCUUCGUUUCGAUUCACCGGGGACCCCUGCGCGCAACAAGAGCCCCCCAUGGGUGCAGUAGUGCAAGAACAGACGGCGCUGAUUGGCCAGAGGUUGAUCAGAUGGUACACUUCCCCUCUGUAUUCAGUGGCACCUCACAACCCCCCCUCUCAGCAAAUACCAAAUCUCCGAUAAAGUAAUGGCAAAAGCACUUGGACUAUAAAAGACAACAAAUCAUAUCCCUUCGGAGUAUAUACACCCCGUUGUCCACCCAAUGAGUUCGUAUUUUGUUAACUCAACUUUCCCCGUGUCUCUGGCGGGAGGACAGGACUCUCUCCUGGGUCAGAUACCGCUCUAUUCCUCGGGAUACAGCGACCCGUUAAGGCACUACUCUAACGCGGCCACGUAUGGAGCGGCCAACAUGCAAGAGAAAGUCUACCCCGCGUCCUACUACCAACAGUACGGCCGGGCGAGCUGCGACUACAACCCGGUGGGGACUUUUUACAAAGACGCCGAUGGUCAGUGCGCCUUUUCGAGUCGCGAUGAACAGGCGCUGUUUGUUACGCAGGACCAGCAUCAGCAGCGGAAAGUGGCGGAGUGCUCCGAGCAAAGCGCUGUCAACAUGAGCAGCAGCCUGGACGACAAGACCUCCACUCUGAUCUAUCCAUGGAUGCAGAGGAUGAACGCUUGCUCCGCUGGCCCGUUUGGGAACAGUGGGCGCAGGGGCCGCCAGACCUACACCCGCUACCAGACCCUGGAGCUGGAGAAAGAGUUUCACUUCAACCGCUACCUGACCAGGAGACGCCGGAUAGAGAUCUCCCACGCGCUAUGUCUGACCGAGAGACAAAUCAAAAUCUGGUUCCAAAACCGUAGAAUGAAGUGGAAAAAGGAAAACAAGCUGCUGAACCCUUCCAAGACCGAAGAGGAGAACGAACAAAGCGAGGGAAAAGAGUUAAAAUAAUAAUAAAAAGUGGACACUGACAUUCCUGAAAUAAAGUGUAUUUCUUUGUAGAUAAUUCGUGUUUGUAGAGAUAGACUUUCAGUGUCUGCACGGUAGAUUUUCCAUGUGUGCUUGUGCGUUUAUUUGAGGACUAUGCAAAUCCGCCAAAAUGUACAUAUGGUAUUUCUUUUAUUUUGUAGCUUUGGACCAUCUUGUUACCUCAUGAUUUUGUCCUGUGGCACCAGAAGAGCCUUUGUCUCUUCACUGUACACCCCCUGCUGUGGCUGUGGCUGUCUAGUGUUUAAUCUGUGGUCUUUAUUACACACUUAUCUUGUGCCAUAUUUCAAUUUGUACAGAUGAGAAAAUGUUCCUUGAAUGUUAUUUAUUGUUGUUC